UGCGCUCGGUGACUGCCACUGUGCUCCCGCUCGCCACCCUCGCAUCUACGAUCGCGCUCUCCCCUCAUCUCUCGGUACACAGAAACGCCCAGGAGCGUUGAAUAGGCUGCCAAAAUGUCGAGCUUGUCGCAUGUCGGGAAGGGGGUGAUGAGGGUGGCGAAGAACUACACCAAGGGUUACUCGGACGUCCAGGCCAAGGUGCGGGACGCGACCUCGAAUGACAAAUGGGGACCCUCCGGGACACAGAUGAAUGAAUUGGCACAAUUGACAUACAACCAGAACGACUUCAUUGAGAUCAUGGAGAUGCUUGACAAGCGGCUCAAUGACAAGGGCAAGAACUGGAGGCACGUAUUCAAGUCUCUGACGGUCCUUGACUAUCUCCUGCACGCCGGUUCGGAGAAUGUGGUGCUAUACUUCAAGGACAACGUCUACAUCAUCAAAACGCUGAAGGAGUUCCAGUAUAUCGACGAGGAGGGCAAAGAUCAAGGUGCCAACGUUCGCCAGAAGGCGAAGGACAUCACAAAUCUCCUGCAAGACGCUUCACGGCUGCAGCAAGAGCGCCGCAACCGCGCAAGCAUGCGUGAUCGAAUGACGCGGGCGGGUGGCCUUGACGGGGAGAUCGAGGACGAGAACGUGCAGCGGCGGUCACAAAGCCUCCCUCCGCGCCGUAAGGAAACGGAUGCGGAGCUCCAGCGUGCGAUCGAGGAGAGUAAGAGGUCCUUGGCGCAGGAGCAGGCUCGGGGACAAGAGGAUCGCGACAUCCAGGAGGCGAUCCGGCUCAGUGAGGAGGAGGAAGCGAAACGGAAGAAGGCCAUCGCCGAUGCAAGCGGAUCUCUCUUCGAUGAUCACAGCCAGAACACGAAUGGGACCAACCCAUUCCCUCUUAUCGAUAUGUCUGCUUCGGUGCAACCACAGUACACAGUGCAGCCGCAGUACACGUCGUUCAAUCCGUAUCAGCAGCAGAUGCAGCAGGAGGCUAUGCAAGCGGAGUACCUUCGCCAGCAAGCAGAGUGGCAGCAGCAGCAGCAACAGCAGCUGCAGGCGCAACAGCAAGCACAGCUGCAAGCUGCGCAGCAAGAUGAAUGGAUGCGCCAACAGCAGAUGCUCGCGCUCCAGCAGCAGCAACAACAGCAACAGCAACAGCAGCAGCAGCAGUUCCUGCUUGCGCAGCCUACUGGCUUUGGAUCGAACAAUCCCUUCGCACCCUCCUCAUCCCCCAACCUCUCGCUGUCGACGUCGUUCUCGUCUAACAACUCGUUAACAGCCUCGCCAGCACCACAGAGCGCUGGCCCUUCAUUCAAUCUACAGGGCACAUACGCGAACGGCGGGCCGAGCACAAAUCUAAGCAGCAGCCCAGCCCAGUCGCCACCGCCACCGUCCCAGUCCGCCCCUCCAAGGCAAGGCACGCUGAACGUGAAGACGCGCAAGGACGAGCAGCAUGCGCAUCUUGCGAAUAUCUUCGCAAACCGCGACGACGACGGUAUCGACACCUUCGGAAACUUCGGCCAGCUCAGGUACGGUCAGCAAGCAGGCAGGCUUGUUGGCCAGCCCACAGGCCAGCCGUCAGGUCACAACCCGUUCCAGCAACAACAACAGCAGCAGCAAACCGAUCAGCCCUUCUUUUCAGUAUGAUGACUGCCAUCGCAAUAUGUCUACAGUCGUUGGUUAUUGCUUCCUUACGUUAAACACUUUUCGUACCAGCUCAUCUGUUCAAGGUUGCCCCAAUUGUAUACCACUCCGUACUCCACCGUUCUCUGCCUAGGAUUAAUCUGCUUUUCGCGUUAAAAUGUUGAGAGGGGGAGCUCUCCCUGUCGAUCGACAGAUCCCUAGGAUAGGGAGGGGAUAUGAAUAUCUUAGAUCAAUGCAAAACCCAAGUACAGUGGUACACUUGUCACUGUCAGCGCUC